ACUCGUGAGCGCCCAUCUGCUAGCACACGUGCCGGCACCCCGGCACAAGGUGUGUCGAACGCUCUGCUAGCACCAUAUGUCGGUGUCUGCUAGGAGUAUCAACACUGCUCUCGUGCCGCGGGGACGCGUCAAGCCCGCCCUGCCUCAGGCGACAUGCGGAGGAGCUGCGGCUUCUACUCCAAACUCGGGCUGACGGCGACGUUUGGCGGGCCAGACGCCGAAUUCACAACCUUCUCGGCCGAAGCACCCGUCACGGCGGCGACGAAUCGGCUGCACGUCAACCUUGUCCACGCGCCUGCCUACCUCCCGCCUCCGCCGCAGCGGGGCGUGCCUGGAGGAUGGGGCAGGGCCGUCAUCUUUGUGGACGACGUGGAUAGUCUGCAGGCACGGCUCGUGGCGGCCGGCUUGGACGCGCCCUGUCCACGCGACGCUCCGUGGGGAGAGCGCUGCUUCCACGUGAAGGACCCGGAUGGGCACGAGCUCUCGUUUGCGACGCCCGACUACGCGCACCCGCGCUGGGACCCGGCGACGCAGAGGGACGAGAGCGCGCUGACGGGCGCGCUGGACGAGCUGCUGGGAGCCGAGCAAGCUGGCGAGCGCUGAGAGGUGUGUUUUCGUAUCUCAUUAUCUCUCUGUGUGUGAGAGGGAGUUGUCGCGGUUUAUGUGUAAAUACAGCUCAGAGGUUGCUACAU